AAUUGAUGAAGUUUUGUAGAAGUUUUGGUAAUGACUUUGAAUGCCAAAGGAAGCCUCCAAAGCCCAUUGGUUCAAGAAACGUUUUUGCCUAUUCAAGACUCAGCAGCCAAAUAAGCUAGGAUGGUAUGGAGAAAACUCUUUGUUCUUUGCCACAAGAAUUUUAUGGACAACAACCAGUGGAAUGAUGUCAGCCUGUAAAGGAACUGGGAAAGAUUGCUGCUGUAUGAAUUAGCUCUGUGGAAUUCGAGCUUUACCGAUCGUAUUUACUGGACACACUGGAUGUCUAUAGGGACCAUAGCAUACAUGAGAUGGUGUUUGUCACUGAGUAUUCUGGAGCAACUUUCCCACCAAAGAAAGCCAGAUUAUAGAGUCCAUAAAUGAAGACUCACAGAUGUCUCUAUAGAGACCAUAGACAAAAUGAGAUGUCACUGAGUAAUGUAGAGCAACUUCCCACCAAGGCAAGCCAGAGUACAGAGUCCAUGAAUGAGUGUGAACAGAAAAAGGUGUGGGAAGAAACUAGGAAGAUGGCUUAUAUUGUGAACUUCAUUGAAUGCUGAUGGAAUUUACAAGCUUCACCGUUCAGCAAUGGCAGAGGGUGAUAUUUAAGAUGGGGUUUCCGCGGAAACGGCAAGCUUGGGUAGUCAUCAGUUCAUUAGCUGUCUUUUUUUGUGUAACCUUGGUGUUCAACAAUCAAGUUCGCAAGGUGCUUAACUCGAGCAUGCUUCUUGACAACAUGGAUCUCUCAGAAGGGUAUGGAUUGAGAAAGCUUCUGGAGGAUCAAGAGGCGAAAAUCGAGCGGUUGCGGAGUGAAGGGAUGGAGCAGAGACUUCCACAGUGCAUAAUCAUUGGAGUGCGGAAAUGCGGGACCAGGGCGUUACUAGAGUUUCUUGACCUUCACCCUCAAAUCCGUAUUGCGGACAUGGAGAUGCAUUUCUUUAAUAACGACGAAAAUUACGAAAAAGGUUAUGACUGGUACAGGAAAUACAUGCCAUUUUCAUUUCCAUCGGAUAUAACCAUAGAAAAAACACCGAGGUAUUUCAUUUCAGAGAGUGCUGCGGAGCGGAUUCGUAAAUUUAACAGUUCUGCUAAACUCAUAGUCAUUUUUCGAAAUCCAACCACACGGGUAAUUUCAGAUUACACUCAGGUAUAUCAAAACAAACUGGAGCGAAAUAAAUCAAUAGAUCGCUUCGAAGACCUUGUGAUUAGUGAGCGGACUGGGCGUGUGAACACAGGCUAUAAGGCAGUGCGGAUUAGCAUGUAUUAUUAUCAUAUGACCAAGUGGCUACAUUUCUUUGAACGAGAUCAAAUUCAUGUUGUGAAUGGGGAUAAUCUCAUUGAUAAUCCACUUGAAGAAAUUCGAAAAGUCGAGACGUUCUUGGGUUUACAAAAUUUAGUCACGGAAAGCAACGUGUAUUUUAAUGAGACCCGUGGAUUUUUCUGUAUGCAAUCUGAUGAUAAACAACAACAUUGUCUUGGUGCUAAAAAAGGGCGAAAGCAUCCAGCAAUAGACCCUAUUAUCGUGAAGAAAAUGAACAACUUUUAUCGUCCGUAUAAUAAAAAACUGUUUCAAAUGAUUGGUCAGAAGUUUGAUUGGGAUUAAUAACAAAGCUCAUGACUCCAUAUCUUUUAAUAAAAGAUGCCCAUUUCAUUAUAUAUUGUCUGAUUAAAAAGAUGCUGCCAUGUUCAUGAAUUAUGAAAUAUAAGAUGUAAAGUGAGAAUGAUUUCAUUUGUGAUGCCUGUAUUAUUAUUAGUAUCUGAUUAUCUGAAUGCAAUCUGAUUAUCAAACAUUUAUGACAAUCUGAGAUUAUUUUUAUUAGUUUUCAGCCCACCUAAGCACAACCUGCUAAUGUUGAGCUUACCUGAGCACAACAGGCUCAUAUUGAGCUCACCUGAGCACAAAAGGCUCAUGUUUAGCUCACCUGAGCACAAAAGGCUCAUGUUGAGCUCACCUGAGCACAAAAGGCUCAUGUUGAGCUCACCUGAGCACAAAAGGCUCAUGUUGAGCUCACCUGAGCACAAAAGGCUCAUGUUUAGCUCACCUGAGUACAACAGGUUCAUGUUCAGCUCACCUGAGUACAACAUGCUCAUGUUUAGCUCACCUGAGUACAACGGGUUCAUGUUGAGCUCACCAUGCUCAUGGUUUUAAUCAUGGUGAGCUAUUGUGAACAUCAUUUGUCUGUCUCUUUUCGUCCAUCAUGCUUUGUCAUCAGUUGCUUUGGAAAAUUCAGUUUCCAAUUGUCUUGAAACUGUGUCAGAACAUUUGGUCAAAUGAUACAUUGGCGAGUUAAAAACUAGCCUGGCCUGUUUGGACUGCACAGGCUUAUAUGGGACCACACUUAAAAAACAAAUUCUUUUAGCUUGUUUUCCCUGAGCAAUUCUCAUAUUUAUUGUAUUGCUAUUCAGAUAUUAUCAUUUCGUCAUAUUAUUUGUUCUUAAUAAUGAUCUCUCUAAAAUGUUCUAUGAUAAUUGCACAAUAGUUUAUUUUGAAACAAAACAGCCAUGUAAAUUAAUAAGUCUUUAUGUAGUUUGAUAGAUGCAGCAUAUUUAGUUUUUCUGUACAUGUGCCGUAAGAUUCUAAGUAUAAAAUAUAUCAUUUGAAAUGCCAUGCAUAUUGCUGUACCAUUUUGAAAACUUUGUGUAUGUUUUUUACAUUUCCCCAAGACAUACUCCCGGCACAAACAGUUAAAAGUGUAAUAUAAAAAAAAAUAUAUAUAUUACCCCAAUAUAAAUAUAAUAAUGUCAUUUGAGUUUGUUUAUUGAAAAUUUUCAAGAGUAUUGAAACAUGGCAAGGUUUUUUAUGCAUGUUUAAUAGGACCUUAUGUUAGGAUAACAUUACAAACAAUCUUAAUUUUACAUUUUCUUUCAAGAUGUUAAUUACGCUAGCACACAACCUUUUGGGAUAGCAUCUGUUAAUGCUAUUAAAUAUUGUGGCCUUGCUCUGGGACAACGUUUGCUAAUUGCAUGUGCAUAAGCAGGGGAGAUAAUCACGUGAUAGUCAACAUGUAAAAAUCAAUGGCAAGACAGUUAUUAUUUGCCGUGUUAUACCCUUUAUUACUUUUGUUUAUUUUUAGCUCGACUAUUAUAUAUGAAAUAUAUAUAGUGGAGCUAUCCUACUCACCCAGGCGUUAGCGUGAGCCUUAGCAUAAGCGUGAGCGUGCAAAUGUUAAAGUUUGCUUCCUACCCCAAAUAUUUCCUAUGUCCCUUGACAUAUUGCUUUCAUAUUUUGCAUACUUCUUUACCAACAUGACCCCAACCUAUAAACAAGAGCAGACAACUGUAUCAAGCAUUUUGUAAGAAUUUUGGCCCUUUUUCCACUUAGAAUAUGCAUAUUAUUGAUAACUCUAUGUUAAAGUUUGCGUACCACCUCAAAUAUUUUCAAUGUCCCUUGACAUAUUGCUUUUAUAUUUUGCAUACCUCUUUACCAACAUGACGGCAACCUAUAAACAAGAGCAGACAACUGUAUCAAGCAUUUUGUAGGAAGUAUGGCCCUUUUUUGUCUUUGUAAUUUUGAAUAUUUUGUUAAAUUUGUGUUAAGAUCCACUUCUAAAGUAUCAAGGCUAUUGCUUUCAAACUUCUAAUACUUUCUAACUAUCAUGAUGUUACUGUACCUUGCAAGUUGAAUUUGACUUUGACCUUUGAAUGACCUUGACUCUCAAUGUAAAAUUAAUAAAUUUUGCUUAAAUUGCCAUAACUUCUUUAUUUAACAUCAGAUUUGAUUCAUACUUUGACAAAACAACACUUACCUGAAUACCACAAUGGACUCCAACCAAACUAUCCCCCAUGCCCCAUCCCAGAAUCCCCCCACCCACCCCAAAAAAUACAAAAAAUAAUAAUUUUGUUUUCUUUUAUUCUUUCUUUUUUUUUUAAAGAUCGUCUAUUAAAUGACCACACACCCACAUUAUACCCCCCUCUCCAUGAUGGCUUACAUUACCGUAAAAACCCAGUCAUAAGUCGAGAUUUUUUACCUCCAAAAUUUGAUUAAAAUUACAGUAUCGACUUAUGAGGUCGACCAUGAAAAAAAUUAAUGAAAUUCGACGAAGAUUGAUCCCCGCGGCAAUUGUUGUUGUUGUUGUAUCAAAAAACUCGUUGAUUUACGACACAUGAAAUGAAAAGAUACUUAUCAAUUAAUAUAACCACAGUUUGCAACAUUUCCAUUGUUUUUAUUUUCAUAAUUUAAUCCAAAGUUUUCAUGUAAGCAGGUGUUUUUUAUAACUGAACGCGUAAAGAAAAGAUCAGGUCAUUUUUAAAGUCGAGCGAUAAUUGGCAACCUGUGUGAAUUGACAGAUUGACGUCAUAAAAGGAAAGCCGCUUCCUGUCAAGAAGCCAUAAAGCAUCACCCUUCUCGCCGAUAAAAUAAGAUUCCUUUAAUUUGUUUAACAUGUUUAACCAAUCGCGAGUUUGUUAUUCACUGGUAAUCGUCCAAUUAUGUUUGAGCACGUGAAUAGCUCUGCCUUUUAAACUGUUAUGUAGAACAAAGGUGGUGUUAGUGGUCUAUUGGUUAUGUCAAUCAUUGUAAUAAAAACGUGUUUUACCGAGGAAGUAAUCAAUUUUUUGAUAGAUAAAAAGUGCAAAGAUUUGAUUACAGUGAUCACAGUGUGUCAUCGGAUUAUAAGUUUGUGGAUUAAUAAUAGCGUGGACAAUUUAGUGAAACUUUAUAAUAAUAAUUUAUUAAUUUGACUCGCACAUUUGAUUUGUGAAAAUGCCUGGAAAAUGCAAACGCCAUGCGAAUGACAAUGCGUUUAAAAUACGCGUGAUAGAAUUUGCAGAGCAAUCAAAUUAUAAUACUGCUGCUGAACGCAAGUUUUGUGUUUCGUAUGUCGUUGUUGUGUAAAUUACGAUGUACAUGUAUAUACGUCUUGGUUUCCUAUGUUGUUGAUUUUGUUUUUAUGUGGUUCAUAAUGAUUAGCUUGUCUUUAUUUUUAUCUAUUAUUUUCGAUUUCCUAAAUAUAUAUCGUAUUGAUUAUAUUGCACAAAGUACAUAAUACACGUGUCCGCUAUGUCUACGUCGCACAGGGCUAUAAUGACGUCAUGGUCUAUGUAUAGAAUAAAAACUUCCAGUACAUUUAAAAUGGCGUCUGUUUAUGAAAUUCGUGGACGGACAAUUUCUGACUCGACUUAUGACUUGGACAUAUUCAAAAUCUCCGAUUUUCGUAUCAUUUUUUACCCCCCGACUUAUGAGCGGAUAGACUUAUGACUGGGUUUUUAUGGUAUACUGUCAAGCACUCAAAUAGUCGAGCCCGCUGUUCUCUGACAGCUUUUGUUUAAAUGAUGCUCACUUUCCAGCCAUAUCAGUAAAAAGGUAAUUAGCGUUAAUUUCGUAUUAAAAUUUGCUUUAUAUCUCGACUU